UUUCUGAUCAUCGUCCCAACUUGAAAAUGAUAACUUAAGGUAGCACGGUUUCCUCAGGUCUUUACCGAUAGUAAUGGCCCAGAAACUCGAGGUCCUAUCAUCUAUAACACGGCUCAGUAAGCACGUCGUGCGGGUUCUUGGGCAGAAUCCAGGCAAAUUUACUCUACAGGGUACUAACACGUAUCUUAUCGGUGAGGGUCGUCCUUACAUCCUCGUCGACACCGGUGAAGGCAAGCCCGAGUAUAUAACUUUCCUCGAAUCCGUCCUCGUGGAAGAUGACGUUCGAAGAGUCUCCGACAAUAGUCGAGGCAAACAGCACAUCUCCGAUAUCAUCAUCUCGCACUGGCACCCAGACCACGUCGGUGGGGUCCCCUCCAUCUUAGCCCUUCUCCGUCGGUUGUGGGACACACAGAAUCCCCAUCUCCCGUUCGAACCUCCAAGAUUACAUAAGUUUCCGCACACGUCCCUCCCAGACAAUAGGUUGGCACUUGUCAGGGACACCAUUCUGUCCGGAUCGUAUGACCCGGGCAUCGCAGGAGCACUCUUCCAUGACCUCAAAGAUGGUCAGACCUUCUCAGUAACUACCUUAUUUCCGUUGCCUGAAGACUCUCCAACGCUCCGGGUUAUCCAUUCUCCAGGACACACAGAAGAUUCCAUAUGCCUGCUGUCUUCUGCUGACAAGAUACUGUACACGGCAGACACCGUACUGGGUCAAGGCACUGCUGUCUUCGAGAACCUCGGCACGUAUAUUUCCACCCUCCGUUCCCUCCUCUCUCUCCGUGACGAAUACGUCACUCUCUACCCGGGACAUGGUCCCGUAGUACCGGAUGGAGCGCAGAGUAUAGAGGGAUACAUCAACCACCGCAUGGAGAGGGAAGAACAAAUCUUAAGAGUGCUUGAACAGCCUCCCCCCGAAGGAAAGAGCUUUUGGUCCACAUGGGAUAUUGUAUCAACGAUUUACGCAGCGCACCCUCGAAACCUGUGGGAGCCUGCUGCUCGGAGCGUGAAUCAACACCUGGAGAAAUUAGCCAGCGAUGGCAAAGUCAGAAAACUCGGAGGAGAGGGGAAAGAGUCGCAGUGGGAACUGCUUGUAGAAUCGAAGAGUUUCCGUUCGGGUUUCUAACGGACGUUCUACCAUAUAACAAUAGGCCGCUAACCUACGUUGAAUGUACCUCCAAUUGACCCUUUUUGUG